AUGCUCCUCCCCCUCCUCCAUCUCGCCCAAGCCGCCCUAGCCCUUUACGGCGGCGUCCAAUCCUACCUCGCCAUCACAAACCUGCACAAAUACGAGUCGGCGUCCUCGAAGCUCGCCUCCGUCUCCAGCACCGCCGAGCACCAGCGGUCCAAAACCUACGCGACCCAGACCUCCGGCGCCGCCUCCCUCCUCUCCUCCCUCCUCUCCUCGCUGCUCCUCGCUUAUCAAGGCAGCGGUUACGGCAUUAUAGUGCGCUACGGGAUCCAGGUUGGCAUGGUAGUGGGCCUGUUCUUCGCGAGGGGACACAUGACUGCGUUUUGGGGCGACAAGAAAAUUUCCGAGGGGUGGAUGACGGUGGGGAAGCUGCCGGAGAUGGGCGAGUAUGAGGAGGCGAGGAGGAGGACGGCGAGGUUGCUGGAUGUGCUGGAUGUGCUGAUGUUUAGCUGGGCGGCGACGUGGAUGGGGGCUGUGGUUCUGGGGUAUUGA